ACUACGUCCAAUGCUCUCACAGAGGACGAGAGCCGCCGCACUUCAAGCUAAGUGUGCUGAGCUGACCGGCUGAGCCAGAGCCCCACAUGACUGAACUCUAUCGCCUAUGUCAACCGGAACAGGUAUUGCCGAUGCCGACGCCGGGAUUCCGCUGCUCAACGACGUCGUUGAUGGCUCAGUCGACUAUAAGGGUCCUCCAGUCUACCGAUCCCAAUCCGGUGGAUGGAAACCCGCUUCAUUUAUCAUAUGCGUUGAGAUGUCUGGGAGAUUUACGUAUUACUGGAUAAAUUCGGAUUUAAUAAAUUACCUGACCGGACACUUGGGCCAGUCCACUGCCACCGCCGCCGAGAAUGUCAACGCCUGGUUUGGAAUGGGGUCGCUUUUGCCCCUUUUGGGUGCCUUUCUUGCUGACUCGUUUCCGGGCUGAUAUCGUACUUUCAUUCUUGCUUCAUUGCUCUACAUUUUGAAGAUCAAAUGGAUAAAGAAGUGAAGCUUCAUGGCUUUUGGUCAAGCCCCUUUGUUUAUUGGGUGGUAUGGGCGCUGAAAUUGAAGGGCAUCGAGUAUGAUUACAUAGAAGAAGACCUGCCUAACAAGAGUGAAUUGCUGUUACGUUACAAUCCAGUUUACAAGAAAGUUCCCGUGCUGGUUCAUGCUGGAAAACCCAUUUCUGAGUCCCCUGUAAUCCUUGAAUAUAUUGAGGAGGUGUGGCCGCAUAACCCACUGCUGCCAAAAGAUCCCUAUGAGAGAUCUGUAGCUCGGUUUUGGAUAAAUUUUGCAACAGACAAGGUACGUAGUGCUCUGGUAUCCUUCUUCUGGGCAAGAGAAGAUGACAAGAAAGAGGCAGCAGAACAAAUGUUUGACUAUCUGAAAAUUAGCGAAGAGCAAGCUCUCGGCGACAAGAAGUUUUUUGGUGGCAACUCGAUCAAUAUGGUGGACUUGAUAUUUGCCUUGUUUACCUGUUGGAUUCAAACCAUGCAACAGGUGGUGGGGAUCAAGGUUUUGGAACCGAGUCGUUUACCACGCUUGCAUGCAUGGGUCAACAAUUUCAAGGAAGAGCCCAUCAUCAAAGAAAAUCUUCCUGACACUGAGAGAAUGUUGGAGCAUUAUACGAGGAUAAGGUCAAAUCCUAAUUAGUAUCACAGGAUGGUAUCCUUACUAGCUGGUUGGGAUAUUGAACUUCUUCCAACAUUACUAAAUUUACCGAUAUGUCUAUUGAAAUUUCACUUAGAAAAAUUACUCUAUGUGGUUCUCAGAGUUGCUUUGUAAGAAUAAAGUGUUUUGCACGUCUUCAGGUUGCAGAAUUUAGAAGUCUUGGAUUCAAAUCU